CAGCCUGUGAGGUAACAACGCUCCGAUGCCAAAUUCCAGGGAGCCUUUGUCUCUUAAUUCCUGUGUUUAUUUAUCACACUACCUGCCUUCCAGACACUUUAUGAGGGACAGGAUAAAACACACACCAGGGAGACAGAUCACCCCACUACUCCAGACAUGGGAAGAGACUGAUAAGACAGAGGAAGAGGAGGGAACCACUGCCUCUAUGAUGAGUCUCUCUGGGAAAAAUGACACUGAAAACAAACAGAUGAAGGAGCCAGGGUGGAGAGACAGCCCAAACCAUCAGGAGAGACCAGCGUCCCCUGUACCCAGCUGUCUGUCCAUGAAGAGUGACCAGUCUAUAGAUCUGCCAAUAUUCCUGAGAGAGGGAGACAUUCCUACUGAACAAGGAAAAAAAAGCCCUUUACAGACAUGGGAAGAGACUGAUAAGAGAGAGGAAGAGGAGGGAACCACUGCCUCUAUGAUGAGUCUCUCUGGGAAAAAUGACACUGAAAACAAACAGAGCCCAAACCAUCAGGAGAGACCAGCGUCCCCUGUACCCAGCUGUCUGUCCAUGAAGAGUGACCAGUCUAUAGAUCUGCCAAUAUUCCUGAGAGAGGGAGACAUUCCUACUGAACAAGGUUUCAGUGGUCAAUCUGCACAGAAUCACCAAUCAAACCUGGACUCCAUAUUCAAGACCCUUGAAGACAAUUUUAUCAUGUUUGUAAAGAAAGAGCUGAAGAGAUUCAAGAGCAUGCUGAGUCCAGAUCUCCCAGAAUGCACUGACAGUCAAAAGAAAGACAAGGAAGUGUUGAAGCCUGAAGAUGAGAAGCAGAAGAACAGGGCUCUGGAGAUCACACUGCACAUCCUGAGGAACAUGAACCAGACGGAGUUGGCUGACACACUGGAACAAAGUCUUGUAGAUGAUCCUGUUAUGAAGAGCCAACUGAAAUUGAAAUCUCAUCUGAAGAAGAAGUUUGAAAGUGUAUUUGAGGGAAUACCUAAACAGGGAAACCCUACACUUCUCAAUAGUAUCUACACAGAGCUCUACAUCACAGAGGGUGGAAGUGGAGAAGUCAACAAUGAACAUGAGGUGAGGCAGAUUGAAAUGGCAUCAAAGAGACAAACACAUGUAGAGACACCAAUCAAAUGCCACAACAUUUUUAAACCCUUACCUGGACAAGAGAAAUCUAUCAGAACUGUGUUGACGAAGGGAGUUGCUGGCAUUGGAAAAACAGUGUCUGUGCAGAAGUUCAUUCUGGACUGGGCUGAAGGAAAGGCCAAUCAGGACAUCCAGUUCUUAUUUCCACUGUCUUUUCGGGAGUUAAAUUUGAUAAAGAAGAAUAAGCACAGCUUGAUGGAACUUGUUCAUCACUUUUAUAUAGACUCUAAAGAAUCAGGAAUCUUGAACUUCGACGCAUACAAAGUUCUGUUUGUCUUUGAUGGUCUGGAUGAGUUUCGACUUCCUCUAGACUUCAAGGGCGGUGAUAGUUGCUGUGAUGUCAAAGAGUCAUCCUCACUGGACAUGCUGCUGACAAACCUCAUCAAGGGGAAUCUUCUUCCCUCUGCUCUAGUCUGGAUAACCACCCGACCUGCAGCAGCCAAUCAAAUCCCUCCUGAUUGUAUUGACCGAGUAACAGAAGUAAGAGGAUUCAAUGACCCACAGAAGGAGGAGUACUUCAAAAAAAAAAUCAGUGAUGAGAACUUGGCCAACAGGAUAAUCUCUCACAUAAAGUCAUCAAGAAGCCUCCAUAUCAUGUGCCACAUACCAGUCUUCUGUUGGAUCUCUGCCAAUGUUUUUGAGAACAUGUUAAAAGAAAAAGGAAGGGAAAAGAUGCCCAAGUCUCUCACUCAAUUGUACAUUGGCUUAGUGGUGUUCAAUCUCCAAAAGAUGAAUGAGAAAUAUAACAAGACCGAUAACCCACAGUGGAAUAUAAAAUUCAUCAUGGCCCUGGGAAAACUGGCCUUCCAACAGCUUGGAAAAGGCAACCUAAUCUUUUAUGAGGAAGACCUGAGAGAGUGUGACAUUGAUGUCAGAGAAGCAUCAGUGUACUCAGGAGUGUGCACACAGAUGUUACGAGAAUAUAAUGGACUGUUCCAGAAUAAGGUGUACUGCUUUGUUCAUCUAAGCAUCCAGGAGUUUCUGGCUGCGAUGUAUGUUUUUCUCAAAUUUAUCAAUGAAAACAUUAAUAUUAUGGCUAAACCACAAUCAACCCACAAUCAAUCAAAGGAACAGCAACCUGAAAUGAGCCUUUUGUUCAGGAGUGCUGUGGACCAGGCCUUACAGAGUGGGAAUGGACACCUGGACCUGUUCCUCCGAUUCCUUCUGGGCCUUUCAAUGGAGAUCAAUCUGACUCCUCUAAAUGGUGUUACAACACAAACAAGACGCAGCUCCCAGACCAGAGAGGAAACAGUCAAGUACAUCAAGGAGAAGAUCAGGGAGAAUCUUUCCCCAGAGAGAUGCAUCAAUCUGUUUCACUGUCUGAAUGAACUGAAUGACCAUACACUAGUGGAAGAGAUCCAAACCAACCUGAGCUCUGGAAGUCUGUCAGAAGCCCAACUGUCACCUGCACAGUGGUCAGCUCUGGUCUAUAUUUUGCUAACAUCAAAAGAGCAGUUGGAUGUGUUUGACCUGAAGAAAUACUCCAGAUCAGAGGAAGGACUUCAGAGGCUACUGCCAGUGGUCAACGCCUCCCAAACAGCUUUGCUGGACGGAUGUAACCUCACAGAGAGAUGCUGUGAAAUGUUGGCCUCAGUUCUAAGCUCAACCUCCUCCCACCUGAGAGAGCUGGACCUGAGUAACAAUGACCUGCAGGAUUCAGGAGUGAAGCUGCUCUCUGCUGGACUGGAGAGUCGUCAUUGUAUACUGGAGACACUGAGGUUAACAGGCUGUGGGGUCACUGAGGAAGGUGGUGGUUCUUUGGCUUCAGCUCUGUUGUCAAACCCCUCCCACCUGAGAGAGUUGGAUGUGGAGCUGGAGGUGUUUGACCUGAAGAAAUACUCCAGAUCAGAGGAAGGUCUUCUCAGGCUGCUUCCAGUGGUCAAAUCCUCUAGAAAAGCAUUGUUGAAUGGAUGUGAGCUCACAGAAAGAUGCUGUGAAGCUUUGGCAUCAGUUCUCAGCUCAACCUCCUCUCAUCUGAGAGAGCUGGACCUGAGUAACAAUGACCUGCAGGAUUCAGGAGUGAAGCUGCUCUCUGCUGGACUGGAGAGUUCCAACUGUACAUUGGAAACUCUGAGAUUGAAUCAAUGCACAUUAUCAAAGUCAUGCUGUGAAACAUUGGCCUCAGUUCUCAGCUCAGCCUCCUCUCAUCUGAGAGAGCUGGACCUGAGUAACAAUGACCUGCAGGAUUUAGGAGUGAAGCUGCUCUCUGCUGGACUAGAGAGUCCCCACUGUAAACUGGAGACACUGAGGCUGUCAGGUUGUCUGGUCACAGAGGAAGGCUGUGCUGCUCUGGUCUCAUCUCUGAGGUCCAACCCGUCCCAUCUGAGAGAACUGGACCUGAGCUACAAUCACCCAGGAGAUGCAGGAGUGAAGCUGCUCUCUGCUGGACAGGAGGACCCACACUGGAGACUGGAGAAACUCAAUGUGUACCAUCAUGGAGAACAUUUUUUGAAAUCAGGCCUAAAGAAAUAUGCCUGUGACAUCACACUGGACCCAAACACAACAUGCAAAACCCUCUUCCUGUCUGAGGGGAACAGGAAGGUGGAAUGUGGAGAGGAGGUGCGUCCUGAUCACCCAGAGAGAUUUGACUGCUGGGACCAGGUGCUGUGUAGAGAGGGUCUGACUGGGCGCUGUUACUGGGAGGCAGAGGGUGAUGGGAAAGGAGCUGCUAUAGCAGUGACUUAUAAAGGAAUCAACAGGAAGAAAGGGGGUGUUGACUCUGGGUUUGGAGCCAAUAACAAGUCCUGGUGUCUGGAAUGGUGUUCUAAAACUUACAUUGCCAGUCACAAUGAAAAGAACACAGUCUUAUAUGUCCCCUCCACCUGGUCCAGCAGAGUAGGAGUGUAUCUGGACUGGCUGGCCGGCACUCUGUCCUUCUACAGCAUCUCCUCUGACAAACUAACCCACAUACACACAUUCCACUCUACAUUCACUGAGCCCCUCUACCCAGGGAUUAGGGUUGCCUGGCCUGGCACCUCAGUGUCUCUGUGUCUGGUAGAAUAGCCUCUUGUGUCCUUGUGGUAUAACUGCACCUUAAAAACUGUCAUUUGUUUUGGUACGGUAGAGGAGAGAUUUUGUUUUACCAAAAAUGUAAUUGUGUCGUGGUGAAGAAAGAGCUGAGCCGCAAGGCGAAGCUCUUGAUUUACCGGUCAAUCU